AUGACCACAGCACGCGAUACAUCCGCAUGUCCAGUUCUCACUGGACCCAACAAUUUUCAGAUAUGGAAACUCCGGAUCAUCUCAAAGCUACGUCGGGAAAAAGUUCUCCAGGUUGUUACUGGAGAGGAGUUUAACUCCUCUCCAUGCCAUUACUAUUAUGUAAUCCGUCAUCACUCUAUCACGGGUGAGGGAGGCUAUCACAACAUAAUGGGAUCCGCACCCGUGUACAGUGAUUCUGGACCUUCUGGGCAUGCAACCAAUCAGUAUGCUUUCCAACAUAUUCAACGGAAAUAUCAUUUUAUCCAAGAUGACUUAGUAUCAAAGGGAGAGGCAGUAAUCAGAUAUGUUCCUACAGGAGAUAUGGUUGCCGACAUUCUCACUAAACCCCUCACUCACGAAAAACACUGGAAAUUCUCUAAAGCUAUGGGACUACGGUUGCACUUGAGUGGGAGUGACAAAACCGGAUAA